AUGGCAGCAAGUGUUAUCAGGACGCUGAGUAACCUGGGUCUGGUGAAACCCUUCCCUCCCUGCUUCUUUCCGGCUGAGGAUGAGGAGGAGACCGAAGAGGAAUAUGAAGAGGAGCUGAGAGACGACAGUCUGGAGGAGGACGAGGAUGCAGUAGCCGGUGAGUCUCACGAGGGAGAGCCGUGGAGCUUCGAUUCGUGCCCCAAUAACGCUGAGAUGACCAAUCAGCUCCUGCGCUUCGCUGAACUCAUCAGCAGCGAUGUCCAGCGCUACUUCGGCCAAAGCCAAGACCCAGACGCCUGUGACAUCUACGAAGAGAGACCAUGUCCAAAAGUCGGGGGCCGACAGCGAUACUACGCUGACUUCAUCAAAGUAGCAUCAUCAGGCCAGGCGGAGGAGCCUGAGUCACUCGGGCCGCUUGCAGAGCUCUUUCAAGACGCUCAAAGGAAAGGACGGGGUUUACCCAUGAACCAGCGCCGCCUGCCGAUCAGCUUCUGGACAGAGCCUUUUGCACAUCAGCUUGAUGUGUUGAGUGAUGCAGGCACACAAGAGAACUCGCUCAGCAUGGUCAACACAUCAGAGUGCUCCAGUAACAUCAGCACCUCACUGAGCAUGUUCUGUAACCCCAGCGUUUGCGCCAUGGCCAGCUCCAGUAUCUCAGGGACUCUCAGUAGCUCGAGCACACCAGACUUCAGUGAUUUACUUGCUCACUGGGCCAUGGACAGAGAGAAUCCCAACGAAUUCAACUGCGAUUAUCCACUUUCAUAAUCAUCAUAGUCUUCUACACUGCAAAAUAUCAUCAAAAUAUAAUUUGUUCUGCUUUUCUUGUUCUAAGUCUUGUUUUUUAGUAAAAUAUCUGCACAAGGCAUUGUAUCUGCACGAGUCCUAUUUUUGCGUGGUCGGUUCUCAUUUGUUUUCAUUUUUUAUUGUUUUAAAUGCAUGUUAUUUUAAUAAUUAACUUCUGGGAGUGCAUUCGGUAUUCAGCUUUUGUUUUUCAU